AUGCGUUGGGAUUUUUGCCUCUAAAAUCCUGUAAUCCAGGAGAAAUUUGACUAUUGGUACUAAAGGACCAACUUGCCUGCUUAAUGGUCAGUUUUCUUUUCACGGACAACAAGUGUUACUCUAUGCAAAUUAGCACUGGAAACCUCAAUUAACGCAGGAAUGACGUCGUAAUAAUCAGCUGAAGGAAGGACCAGAAACACCAUCAAAAUUUCCAGCUCUACAUGAUGCGGGAAUUAGUAACUAGAACAAGGUUUUAUAAUCUAUACCAGCAAAAGCAUUCACGAAAGAUUACAGAAACAUGCUCCACCAAAAUAAUAUCACAUUAUACACUUUACUAUCAAACAUAAGUUUGAUAUUGAAAACACUUCCGACAUCUACAAGUCACCAUAAUGAAACUGUAUUUUCCCUCGGGACAUAUGAUAUCCCCCAACUCACUGUUAAUUCCUCUUAUGUCUUAGCUGAAAUCAAUAAUUCAGCAUCUCGAAAUGACACUCAGAAGGAUUAUUUAGGCGGGCACAGUGUAUGGCAAGUUGUUUUAAUUGCGUUUUUUAGUGGGACUAUUGCUAUUGUAACUAUUAUAGGCAACAUAUUAGUGAUCUUAGCCUUUAAGGUUAACAAACAACUGAAAACAGUCAACAAUUAUUUUUUACUGAGCCUUGCCUUUGCAGAUCUCAUUAUUGGUGUAAUAUCCAUGAAUCUUUUUACUACAUAUAUUAUCAUGGAUCACUGGGCUAUGGGUAGUCUUGCUUGUGACCUUUGGCUUAUGAUUGAUUAUGUGGCAAGCAAUGCUUCUGUCAUGAAUCUUCUUGUUAUCAGUUUCGACAGAUAUUUUUCCAUUACAAGGCCACUAACUUACAGGACUAAGAGAACCACUAAAAGAGCAGGGAUAAUGAUUGGCUUGGCAUGGUCAAUAUCAUUUAUACUUUGGGCUCCAGCUAUAUUGUUCUGGCAAUACUUUGUUGGAAAACGCACUGUCCCCUCUGAUGAAUGCUUUAUCCAGUUCUUGACAGAACCUAUCAUUACAUUUGGAACUGCAAUUGCCGCAUUUUAUCUUCCAGUAUCAAUUAUGACAAUCCUAUACUGGAGAAUCUAUAGAGAAACCGAGAAACGUACAAAAGAACUGGCAGGUCUGCAAGCUUCUGGAACUAAAGCAGAGGUAACUCAAGUUGCUAAUAAAAAAAGAGGUUCUAGAAGUAACAGCUACAACAAAACCCAGAAGAAAUUAAAAUUCUCUUCUAGCAGAUAUCGGUGGUGUUCUCAUUAUUACAGAGCAAAGUUCUUCAAACCAAACACAAAGAAGAUAGAUCAAGAUCAAAGUAGCACUGAGAGCUGGAACAAUGUUGAUGCAAAUGCAUCACUUGAUAACUCAGGCACCUCUGAUGAAGAAGAGGUUUCUGAAAAUCCAAGAACAUUGUUUUCCAUUGUGUUAAAGCUUCCUGGACAUAAUUCCAUUCUUAGUUCAAAAAAAUGUCCGGAUACUAAACAAGUAAACAUAUCAUCAGGAAAAAAUCAAACCACACACCUCAAAUUAGACACACACUCAAUCAAAAAGGAGAUCAAGUUUCAAAGUAUUAACUCCCAAAAAAGUAUUGCACACAAAGGGACAUUACAAAAUGAAUCAAGAUCUACCGUGUCACAUCCUCAGGUGCUACAAAAUAUGACUGUGGCUGCUCGGACAAAUGCACUUAUAUCUUUCAAAGAAAUAACGUUAGCUAAAAGAUUUGCAGCAAAGACACGAAAUCAGAUCACAAAACGGAAAAGAAUGUCUCUUAUCAAAGAAAAAAAAGCUGCACAAACACUUAGUGCAAUUUUGUUAGCUUUCAUCAUAACGUGGGCUCCAUAUAACAUAAUGGUUUUAGUCAAUACAUUUUGUGAAAGUUGUAUCCCUCGCAUAUAUUGGAAUCUUGGAUAUUGGCUUUGUUAUAUCAAUAGCACAAUUAAUCCAAUGUGUUAUGCUCUUUGCAAUAAGACAUUCAGAACAACUUUUAAGACACUGUUGCUUUGUCAGUGUGGUAAAAAAAAAAGACGUACAAAACAAUACCAAUUGACUAAGCCCAUUAUUCACAAAAAUAUGGCCAAUGAGACUUUUUAA